AUGAGUAAAUCUGGUGAGUCUGAUUGCUCAAAAGGGUGAAAAAAGUGUCGCUGUUCCAGAAUCUUCAAAGACUAGUACAAAUAAGAUACCAAUGACUACAUCAAUGAACACGGGACCUUCCGCUUCUCAUAACGCAAUUCAAAGCGAAUACGGACCAGACGAAAAUCAUCCAACACCCCACCCAGAUUCAAUAAGCACGGCACAUUCCGCUGAUAGCAAAGGAACUCAUAGCGGCAGCGAACAAAUGGAGAAUUAUCCAACACCUCAUCCAGUCUCAAGGAACGCGAGAACAUCUGCAGCUGAUCCUGAAGUAAUUCAUGGCGAAUACGAACUAGCGGAAAAUAUUGCAACACCUCAACACACCGCCUCGGUACCUGCUGAAGAACUUCCGCCAAGAUAUCAGGAUUUUCAACAUCCUUAUGUCAAAGUUUGGGUUAGAGUAAGUUCUCAUUGUCAGCUCGUUUUCAAAUGCAACGAUACAUUUUUAGCUAAUCGCAAUCAGCUCGUUGAGUUUUCUCAUAUUCAACGGCUAUGUCACAAUCACCGAGCAAUAUACCGGAUUUUUCAAAAUAUUUGUUGAAUCCAAUGAUCGACUUGUGAUGAAUGCAACACCUUUUCAAACAUUCGAGUUGGUUCUUCGAAUCUAUUUGGAAAUGGUGAAUCCGACGAUAAUUAUACUCUUCUUUCUUUUGACAAAUAUUGGAUUUUCGGCGAUUCCUAAAUUGGCCAUGAAAAUACACGAUCCAACACCGGUUUUUGCAUCGAUGACUGGAUAUGUGCUGGUGAGCAGUAAAAAAUGAGGAAAACAAUAGAAAAAUGAAAAAAAGAAAAAAAUUAACAUACGAAAGUAUGUGGAAAUAAUGUUUUAUCGCAAAAAUUUCCCUUGCAACUUUUUCGCUUUUGAAAAUUCAUAUAGCGCGGAGCUAAUUAGCUCUCAAAUUUCGUCUCACCGAAACGAAUCGAACGAUAUCUUCGCCGUUUUCUGAAACCGCGUCUGAAAUGCAGAAAAUGCACUGAAAAUUUUCAAAAAAAAAUUAUCUAUUCUGCAAACACCGUGCCGCACAUAUGCACACAUUGCACACCGUAUACCAAAAAAUAAAAUAAAAUAUUUUUCCUCGAAAAUUCCAGUUAUUUCCAGAUUUACAACGCUAUCACAUAUCUCGGCUGUUCCUUAUCAAUGGUCACCAAUUUGUCAUCAACUCCCCGCACCGAUGUCUGGACACAAUACAUCAAAUUCACAUUUAUCGGGCUAUUUUGGAUGUACGCUUUUAUAAACAUGCAAGUUUAUUCAAAAUUGACGAUUUUUGAUCAAGUUCGAGCAAAAGAAAAAUAUGAAACUAGAGAAUUGGCGAGAGCACAAGCGCAUGCUUAA